CGUUACUUUCUCUCUACUUCCUCCUCCCAGUUGAUAAUUACAGACACUCAUACACUUCCAUACAUGUUUCUGUCUCGAGAAUCAAUCACAUUUCAUCGGAUCCUCAUCGAGUCUCGCUCUGCGCAAUUGGAUGGCGUCGCCAGAAUCGAAUCUGGCGUCGGCCCAGGCUGGGUACCGAGUCGGGCAGACUCUCAACCUCACCGUCGCCAAGUCAUACGCAAAGGUCGACAUCUAGGUUCGCCAGCUGCUUAAGCCGAGCACCCUAUCGUGCGGAAUGGUUGUCGAGAUCCUCGGGGCCUGGCGUGUCGAGCAGAGUGUUCCCCGGGCCGCCUUCCUGAAGCUGUUUGAUCGCCGAUUCGCAGAGGAGCUGCGCGACGGCAACGGAAUCGAGCCUUGGACUCAGAACAUGGAGCACGCGUACCUCUCUACGCCCGAGAGCGACAUGUUCAAAUUCCUACACAACCUUGAGCAUGUCGACGACUUCAAGGAGGAGACUGAGCGGGAUUGGAACGAUGCCUCGAAUGAGGCACCUUGCCACGGAGCUCAACCGCCAGCACACUGUCGAGACAACCGUCUAUCGUCGCCUUCAUGCCCACCAGGGCCGGCAGAUUCCCCAGCUCUACGCCUCUGUUGAUGUUGACAUGGCUCUACCUGCCACAGCAACCCCAUGGCAGCGCAAGAACCUCUUCUCCAUCCGCGGCCUUCUAAUGGAAUACAUCCCCGGUUUCACGCUUGCGAACCUUGUCGUCUCGGCGCCUCGCUCGUCAUGGCAGGAGAUUGUCAUCCAAGCUGUCAGGGAGGUCCAGAUCCUCGGCGACUAUGAGAUUGCAAAUGAAGAUGUGCGACCCGAGAACUUCCUCGUCGCGCCACCCCAAGAGUGCGACAACAACAACUACAAUAGCAACAGCAGCCCAGGUCAGAGCUUCCAUUAUCCCACCGGCUACCGCGUUGUCAUGAUCGAUUUUGCCAUGUGCCGGUUCCGCGAACCAGACAUGACCGAUCUCCAGUGGGAACGCCUCAAGUGCAACCUUGAGGAGGAAAACGCUGUUGGCCUGUUAAUGAAGAAAAAGCUCGCCAACCAGGGAUUUGAGCUCCAGUACCGAGAAUCUGGGAGAUAUUCCCAGUUUGCCGAGGGGGAGGAGGAAGUAGAGGAUGGGAUGGUUGCGUUUCUGCGGAGCGGGGGGAGGAACAAGAAGAGAGAGCCUUUGCGGGAGAUGUCCGUUUGAGAUAGGGACGGGACUUGAGGGCAGGAUCUGUUUUGCUGAAAUUGCCGUAUUAAUUAGAUACCCUCUCCCAUAAAGCCGUCAUUUCUUCCUCAGAA